GUGAAAGUCGCUCGUGAACCUAGAACCGGGCAAACCCAAUAGGUACGGUGAACAGCAUAGUGACGCAGCAGUGUCUCGCACGAGCUUCCCAUCAUUCAUUUCAUAAGUUAUCAGGGGCUUUGCAUUGAAUGGCAUUGGACCUGAUGCGCAGCGUUGUCGGUGAGCAAUGAGGUCCUAUUAGAUGUGGUUUCAUCUUCACUUCAUAUCCAUCAGUUGUGGGAAUUUACAAGGAACGUUGACCUAACUUGGAAAGAGCGAAGAUGGACGUAUCGCAAACCAGCUACUGUCUAUUUAGUGAUAUCUCAAAUUCGGUAAAUAUCGAGACAAAAUUAAUUUUACCGAAUUGCUGCAAAGUGGUCCGGUGGCGCAGCCGUCUCAUAUAGGCAUCCUGGAGAGUGUGGCCAGCCGAGUCACUGCGUUCGAACCUCAGAGAAGAAUUUGCGUUGACAAGCAGGUUAAUUUGAAUCGCCCGUGAGAAAAUCCCUCACUUGUAAUUAUGUGAGUGAUGGUCUAACGACUUGAACUUUUCUCUCCACUAUCUUUAAAGAACGAAAAGGUUGCAUUGAUUUGGAAUUGAAGGGAUCAUAUCAAGUCUCUCUCAUGGAUUGUGCCGAUGUUGUAUCUUACUUUGAAUACAAGCCCACAGAGUCGCCUUAGGGACUUGUCAACUGAUUUGUUUUAUUUUUCAUUUUUCAACACUGCUGCAUUGGAUCAAAAUGGAUUUGUCAUUGUAGCCUACUCCUGCUGCUGAAGACCGCGCGUUCCUUUGGGUAUUUUUGACUUUUUUUUCUCAACGAUGCAGCUCAUCCGACUAGCGUGGGUUUUAACGGGAGCUGCCAUCUGCUGUUUUGUUAUCCUUCUUAUUCACUCACAUGUUCUAAAAGAAGGUCAGUUGGCAGCGGGUACAUGUGAGAUAGUUACUCUGGACCGGGACAGCAGUCAGCCACGGCGGACCAUAGCACGGCAGACGGCGAGGUGUGCCUGCAAAAAGGGUCAGAUUGCAGGCACCACGAGAGCCAGACCGGCUUGUGUAGACGCUCGCAUUGUGAGGAGCCGGCAGUGGUGUGAUAUGAUGCCGUGUUUGGAAGACGAGGGCUGUGACCUCUUAGUAAACCAGUCGGGCUGGACCUGCACACAGCCUGGGGGCCGGGUGAAGACCACCACGGCCCUUUGACAACACACACACAAAGACAGAAGGCAUUUCCAGCCAGACAGACAGCAAAAGUCAACCUCUUUUCAAGGACAGACAGGAGAGAAACAACAAACUGCAGAUCCUGGCAGGCUAGAGCGACACAGCAAGGUCUCCUGACGAUAGCGGGGAAAGACUCUCCGGAAAGAGAGAGGGGAUGGUGUGUGAGCUGCUUCCCAUGGUCAAUCGUCACCGCCUGUGUGGAUCAUACGUUGUCUUAUCCUCAGCUGUCCGUCCAUUGUCCUGUGCAACAGAGUGAAAUCACAUAAAAUCUACGGUGCCAAAGGCCCGGACUCCGAAUACAGGAGCUGGAGCUAAACAUCGAACCGAUGGACUCUGCAAUACUGUAUUAUUCUGUGGGAGACCAAACGUAUUUUUCAGUUGAAUUUGAAUAAUUCCAAAGUGGGUCGUCUUGAACUUCUGGAUAUGACCCAGGACGAGAUUCUCUUUUGGAGUUUUCACCUGGCAACUCCUCUGUAGUGUUUUUACAGAAUACAGACCAAAGUUAAAAACCAUGUUAUGGAGGACACAGUGGACUAUGGGAUAAGGGGUUUAGAGACUUAUUAAAGUUGAUAAAACAUGCAAUCCUGUAUUCCCACUCACGCUUUGAUAGACAUACACACAAAUGUACACAUGGUGACUUAUUUCGCAGAGUAAUUGUGUACAAAUGAAUGACAAUAACUGGAUGGUAAAAGAAAGUCAAAGGACAUUGUAUAAUUUGUCAAUGACAUUUAUUUUAGACUACUAAACUGUACUUGUGUACUCACUGCUCUAUUUUGAACAUUCAUUAAAUCAGAUUUACAUUUUCCAUUGCUAUAUUUUGAAAAUUUGCAGUCAGCAUGGCUGGUUAUAGUGAAACAAGCAAAUCAUUUCUCACCAGGAAAGAAGAGGAGGAAAAGAGUAAAUCCGACAUAUCUGUUUGGGGGAAAGAAACAUUACAUGUAUUUUCAAAAGCCUAAAGUUAUAUAUUUAACAGUUUUAUAUGUUGUAUCUUUGUAGAAAACCUUAGUUAGCACUGGAAAUGUGGUCACAUUGCCAAUCAUAAACUGUGCAUACACAAUGAGCUAUGUCCUUAAGCUACUGGUCUGUCUUGUUCAUUUGAACAAAGUCAAGUGGCUCUGCCUUUUCA